AUGUCUCGGACAGCACGAAAUUCCAGCGACGAGGUCACGCCGAUUCGAACUGCCGACAGUUCCCAGGGCCGAAAUUAUAACACGAACGACGAUACCGAGUCGAGUAAUGGUCGUGCUACAGACUCCCGCAGGAACAACCAACGUGGCUCGGGUGCGUCCCAGGAUGAGAUCGAAGACAAGUUUCCGUGGUACAAGCGCAUAGCAGAGAAGUAUGGGUCGGUCGAGCUCGAGAACAAGGGAUCCGUUGCAAGAGACCAUCUGGCAUUGGAGAGGACGUUUCUGGCCUGGCUACGCACUAGUCUUGCCUUUGCCAGCAUCGGCAUCGCCAUCACCCAGCUGUUCCGUUUGAACACCACGAUUGCUAAUCGCCAGCAAAGCUACCCAGUCGCUGCAGUGCCCUUCUCCCCCAUGGUCGGACAAUCCGUACCUAUCGAAUCAGUCCCCUUCCUGCAACAACUGAUCGCCGCAAAUACUCCAGCAUUAGAGAAGCUUGGGCCGACGCUACUAGAUCAGCUCCUACUGCUUUCACCCGCCGGCAGCCCUGUAUCGCAGAUAGCGCUGACCGCCUCGGUGGGUUCCAACGCAUUUGACGAGGGAGCAGCAGCGAGACUACGGCACGUCGGCAAACCUCUGGGAGCAACCUUCUUAGGCAUUUCGAUCUUGAUCUUGUUCAUUGGAUUCCAUCGUUAUUUCGAAUCCCAGCACUGGAUCAUUCGCGGCAAAUUUCCAGCCAGCCGAGGCAGCAUCUUCGUUGUUGCCUUUGUGGCGGCGUCUCUGAUCAUUGCCAGCUUGGUUGUGGUCCUCGUCAUCGCGCCAACGAGCUUCGAGAAGAAAUGA